GCCAAAACUAAAAAAAAAACAUGCAAAACAUUAAUUUUCAUGACACUUUCUUCAUUUUAAGUUUCUAAACAAAAAUGGUGCACCAAAAAAUCGUAUCAAACAAGUCAACGAAAAUGGUGUUUCGAGGCUAUAAUCAUAAUUCUACUAGUAACACCAUAAUACCAAUUUUUCCUAUAUUUGUAUAUCGGACCAACAUGACUGAGAAAUGAGAAUACACUGUGCUUUUUUGCUAUCCCGUCCCAUCUCCUCUGUUCACGUCGUUGUAAUUUGAGGAGGUAGGGCGCUGCUGAGGCAUUGAAGUUGUCCCUGCUUUUCAAGACAUUAUCUAUGACGACAUGACUCCUUUUCCCUUUCCUUGAUCCCUUUCCCCAAAGAGCCGAUGAGUCAAGUCACUCCUCUGUUUUUACCGUGCAGUAGAAAACCAGAGGUAAAAAAAUUAUCAUAGAACCGAAGAGGCAGAGGAGCUCUCCCCUGAAGUCGAAAGAAAAAAAGAAGAAAGAUUGAAGCUUUGAUUACUACUACCAUGACUUCUUCUGGCCAUUACAGGCGGAGAGUAGGAGAUAAUGAUGACGAGCAAACCGGCGCCCGUUUCUUCAAGAUCAUCCUUCAAUCCACCAUUCGUGACAAGAAGCUGUUUGUUCCGAGAAAGUUCAUCAGGGAUUCUGCCGACUGCCUGCUGUACUCAAAGUCUGCAACUUUGAAGGUACCCAGUGGAGACGAGUGGGAAGUGGAGCUGGGAAGGGAAGGGGAAGAAGAUGUUUGGUUCGGCAACAACGGGUGGCAGAGAUUUGCAGAAUUCUACUCUUUGCAGUACGGCCACUUGCUGGUUUUCGAGUACUCGGGUCGCUCCGAGUUCUCUGUGGUCAUAUUCGGUAGAUCCGCUACCGAGAUUGAUUACCCAGUUAGGGAAGUCAUCGGGAUCGAGGAUUCAGCUCCGGUACUGGAGGUUUUGGAUAGUGAUGACGAGGAUGAUGCUGGGGCAACAAACCAGUGGAAGGAGAACGAGAAAGGCAAGUCUUCAAUGGUGCCGAAUGGUGCUGGGCAAGGUGAUGACAACCGCCUGGUGAAGCGGCAGAAGAGCUACUGGAAAUCCAAUGGAGAGGUUGAGGCUAACGGAGGUGGUUUGAACAAGACAGUGAUGCCACAGGAAGAGAAACAAGGCUCUUCUGACAAGCCUUCUUCUUCAAGGAAACGCAGAGCUCUGCCGGUGGAUGGGUUCACAACGAAACAACCCUCCUACCAGACCACAAUGCAUCCGAGUUACAUCGCCACAGGGCCGCAGUACAUUCCUGCAGAGUUUGCAGACGAGCACAUUAAGAAAACUGAGCAGCAAGUGAAACUUGUGGUGGGAGGCAAUGAAUGGACGGUAAGGCUGAACAAGCUACAGAACAAGUACAUGAAGCUUGGCAUUGGGUGGAAGGAUUUCGCAGUAUGUAACUCGCUGAAGCGAGGGGAUGUCUGCACCUUCGAGCUGGUUCAUGGUUGGACUGAUGUUGAGUUGAAGGUCACUAUCGCUAGAGAUCCAAUUUGAUUCGUUCUGUCGUGAAAUUCUACUCAGCUUUUGGGGGUAGUUUCUCUGUAUAUCGGAUCGUUCCAUUUCAAUGUUGCUAGGCCACUAGCAUUGUAGUUUCUUCUUCUGUAGCUGUUGAAUCUAGUGUUUCUUAAACUAGGUAGCUGAGCAAUGUAAUGUUUUCCACCCUGUUUAAACCUGGUAUUCGGAGAUUUGGGAUUGUUGGCUUCUUUCUUCCCCGCUUAUGACACUCAGCAGCAUCUUCUGCGCAUUAGGAUAAUGUAAUGGAUUUUGAAGUAGCAAAUAUCAAUU